AAAUACACCCCCAUGUAGGAACCCAAUUCGUUCACGUUGCCUCUCUCUCACUAGCUAUGGCUCUGUUUGCUCGAUGGCUCGUUCUCUUGACCUGUCUUAUUGGUCUAAACGAGCAGCCUCAAAUCUUGGUGGACGAAGAGCAUGAGGACGUACAUUCGCAAGACGAAAACGUUGAUGCCGGCGGCGGCGGUGUCCAUCCCCAGAAUGGAAAUACGGUGGAGAGUCAUGUUCACGCUAGGCUUGGUCUAGCAGGUCGACGCCGUGGUGGUGGUUUCAACGUGAGCGGCGGUGCCGUUCAUGGCAGUAGUGGUCGCGCUCGCACAAGUCUAGGACUGACACGACGUGGCCGAGCAACGAAUGGGCAGCAAGCCGUCGAACAUGGGCUCCAAGCUGAGAGCUCCAACGUUGCCGAACCUGCAAGAUCUGAUGUCAACCGUGCUGAACAAGGAGGUCAUGAUGAAGGUGGUUCUAGCGUUCCUCGAGAUGCGAACGCUAGGAGGAGGAACACAUACAGCGAUGAACAAAAGCAGUCCAUUUAUGCCAUGCUUUUAGAGCGAACUAGUUUGGGGAAGUUAAAUCAUGGUGUUACUAGGAUUGUUUCGCACAUAACAGGGGUGCCUUGGAGAGUUGUCCAGCGCAUAUGGCACAAUGGACAACAGGGUGAUGGGGUUAACGGUGUUGUUAGCAAAAAACCAAGAAAUUGUGGUCGUAAAAAGAAGCCAUUUGACCCACAAAUAAUCAAAACAGUAGAGUUGAAAAAGAGAACGACUAUCAAGGAUUUAGCCAAUGAGAUACAUAUAGUGGACGGACGGUGUGGAGUGUCCGUGGACGUACAGUGGAACAGGCUAUAA